CAUAACUGUAACUGAGUCACCAAACACAAGAAGCUAAUCCGUCCAUGAUGCUAAUCAACGGCAGGGGAGAGAAGCAGACCUUUAGCUGGCGGCAUUGUUAUGAAAGCUUGCUAAAAUUGAGUUUAUCUGUCCUUUAUGUUUAAUUUAUAUAGGUUACUGCUCAUUGUAUGUAUGUCUGGCAGCGGGGUUCGUCGAGGCGCUAGCUUCGCUCUAUAAGUAGGAACCGGCCAACAGACAAGUCAGUGCUUUUAGCCCGACAGCUAAACUUGCAGUUGACCAGCUGAUUUGUUCUGGUUAGCAUCGAUGAGGACAGCACCGCAACACCGGUUUAACAGCUGUAAACAGUACUAACCAGCUUGUUUUGAGUUAGCUAGUUGGCCGUUAAUCUAAGAAAGAAUACAACAGAAUGACAGAGGAUGAGGUCGUGCUGAAUGUACCUGUCAUUCGGCAGCUCUACCACUGGGACUGUGGCUUAGCCUGCUCCAGGAUGGUCCUGAAGUACCUCCACCCUGUCAGUGAUGAGGAGUUUCAGAGGGCAUGCUGGGAGCUGAAGCUGACAGAGAGCGUAUGGACUGUUGACCUGGCCUACCUGAUGUGCCAUCUGGGAAUCAAACACUGCUUCUGCACACAGACUCUGGGUGUCGAUAAGGGCUUUAGGAAUCAGUCUUUUUACAAGAAGCACUUUGAUACAGAAGAAGACAGAGUGAAUGAGCUCUUCCUUAAAGCUGAGAGCAAAGGUGUAGUGAUAAGGAAAUGUUGUGUAACCGUUCAGGAAAUCCAGUCUCACUUGGAGCAGGGCCACGUUGCCAUAGUGCUGGUAAAUGCUGUCAUCUUAACGUGUGAACUGUGCUCCUCACCUGUAAAAUACUGCUGCUUCCUGCCUGUGGGUCAGAAGUGUUUCUGCAGGAAGCCAGAGUACCAGGGUCACUUUGUGGUUGUGUGCGGCUUCAAUAGGACCACGGAAUGUAUUUUCUACAACAACCCUGCAUAUUCGGACAGUGAGUCAAUUUCAUGCACAAGUAUAAUGUGGCAUAACUGUGUUUGGAUGAAAUUAAAAAGUAUGCAGUAUCAGGUGACUACAGAAGAAACCUGCCAUUUGAAACAUGCUAAAAUAGAUUAUACUUGUACAAUGUAUAUAAUGUAUAAUGCCAAGUGGCGGUGUGAGAAAUUACGUCAGGACUUGUCCUAAUACCUGUUGCCCUUCUCAGCAACAACAACUACUGUGAUGAUUAGGAAGUUGAUUGUCAAGCUAAAAUGUUAAACAUGUGGUUUCUAGUUUGUUAAAUGAAAAGAUUUGCUGUGUUUCUCUAUGUUAUGUUAGUAAGUUACAUAACAAUUUAGCCUUUGGACUUCUGGUUGGACAAAAUAAAAUUUAAAAAAAAGAAGAAGUUGCCGCCCUGGGGCUCUGACAUCUUGGAAUAGACGUUUUUUAAAUAUGUCCAGAUAUUUGACAAACUAUCUAAAAAAAACAACCAGCAGGUUAAUCUGUAAUGUAAAGCAUAUCUUAGUUUUAUUCAGAAGCUUCAAAAUAAUGGCUGUUAACAGCAAGCUCUUACACUGUAGAAUAAUACAGUGAAGAUUACAGAGAUAAUUUCAAUAAAAAGAAAUAUAUAAUUCAGGAUGCACUCAUUGCACAAGACUAAGAGUCUC